AGUAAACACUCAUUUUCCUAAUCCUGCCAGCCCAGUCAACGUCAAGAAAAUGAGACGCCCUUUAGUUUGGCUGCUCUUCGUGGCAACAGCUGCGCUGUUAAUUAACUCUGGAGAUGCCUUCGGAUCCCGCAGUUUCUGGUUCGAAGGGCUGCCGGAUCCUCCGGCUGCUAGAUCGGCCGGGACGCCGAGCAUUGCAUGGAUAGAACAGCCAGUCGAUCACUUCAAUCCCCGCGACAAUCGAACAUGGUCUAUGAGGUACUACGAGAAUGAUCAGUUCCUUUCCGGAUCUGAUGCCCCGAUCCUCAUAAUGAUCGGUGGAGAGUGGGAAAUCACUCCAGGGUGGCUACGAUCCGGUCAGAUGUACAACCUUGCUUCGACUCAUGGUGCGAUGAUGUACUAUACGGAGCAUCGAUACUAUGGUGAAAGUUAUCCAACAACCAACACGAGUUCCGAGAAUCUUCAGUACCUGAACGUGGACCAGGCACUGGCAGACCUGGCCUACUUCAUCGAGACCGUCAAGAAAGAGAGAAACCUUGAAAACAGUACAGUCGUGCUUUUCGGUGGUUCAUACGCCGGAAACAUGGCAGCUUGGGCUCGAAUCAAAUACCCUCAUCUGAUAAAGGGUGCUCUGGCGAGCAGCGCUCCUAUUCUCGCGAAGGCUGACUUUUACGAAUACUACGAGGUUGUCACGGUGGCUUUGUCCAGGUACAAUCCUCAGUGCGCCGUAGAUGUAAACGACGCUUUCCUGGCCGUGGAGGAGCUACUGCAGACCAGCACCGGUCCCGAGACGCUGAAGAGAUUUUUCAACCUCUGCAACGACAUCGAUACGUCUUCCUGGCAAGAUGUGGCUUCUCUGUUGAACACGCUUGCUGGGGUUUUCGCUGGAGUUGUUCAGUACGACGCGGUUGAUUCGACGGGGCAGUCGAGCGUCGGGACGAUGUGCGACGUUAUGACGGCGACGUAUCUAGGUUCACCUCUCCAGCGUUUAGCGUACUUGAUGAGCUGGUCCAGCUGCGUCGACACCAGCUACGCGACUUUGGUUGAGGCCUACAUCGACGAGGACUGGAACUCUUAUGCAGCGACGAGUGCAAUGCGGCCAUGGUACUACCAAACGUGUACCGAGUACGGUUACUACCAAACGACAAACUCCGAAAAGUCCGUCUUCGGUACCCUGUUUCGGAUUGAGUUCUUCACCGAACUCUGCAAAGACCUCUACGGUGACUACUACAACGAGCACCUCCUCGACUCUGCCGUCACCAGGACGAAUAUCGUAUACGGCGGGCUUAGACCGGAUGUUACAAACGUGAUAUUUACCAACGGAGACCUCGACCCGUGGCACGCUCUCUCGGUUCUCGAGGAUCUGAACGAGUCUUCACCAGCGAUCCUGGUUAUGGGAACCUCUCACUGCCAAGAUCUCUACAGCGACCUCUCAACGGACUCCGCAGAGAUGACCGCAGCCAAGGCCAGGGUCCGCGAAAUAGUUGGCCAAUGGUUAGCCUGAAACCUUUCUACCUUCUCUGUUGCUACUUCCUUACACGAGAUUUUUCGCUUCAGCAUUAUGCAUGUUAUGAUUUGUUGUUUUCUGUUAUAAAUUGCAAAA